AUGCUUAUUUCUGAGGUGAUGCUCGGCGGAUGCGAGAGUUAUUUGAUGUACUGUGUUGGUUCUCCAGCUUCCUGGACAGCCUCUCCAAACAUUUCUUCGUCAGCUGCGUGGAUGUCUUCGGCAUCGGUUGCAAGAAGAUCAAGAAAAAGAUUAUCCGAAAUUGCAGCUGCAGUCUUAAGUAUGGUUCUGGUAUCAGAUAUCCACAGAACUAAGGAGGCUAGUUGCCUGUACAGGCCGUAUGGGCUAAGAACAGAUGCGACUGGCGUAGUUGGGGAAGUAAGAUUACAUGAUGAGAAAAUGAUUAUACCAUGUAAUGCUCAGAUACAGCAACAUGUAUAG